CGAGUCAGUCACGCCUAGACUCGUUCGAAAAGCGAAACCGAAAUCAUUCCACGGCGAUGUACGAAGACUGAUGCUCUUGUCGUGGAGAACUUGGGCAAACGGAGUAUUUCAUACAUUGAAACGGGCUGUAGAAUUCGACAGUUAUUUUUUUAUGUAAAAUGUUGUGAUUUUAGCCGUCGGUAGUGGUGUAUAGUGUUUUGUUUAAUAUAAGUGUAUACAAAUUUACAAAGAAAAAUACGGUGUGCAGUGGUGUAAUUGUGAUCUACUGACUCGUGGAUUUUUUGAGGAUUGUUGACUUUAACCUGAGAGAAUAUUAAUUAUCAGGUCUCGACAAGCCUGCAUCGUCGUGCACGCAUUAUGAGAUUAUCCUCUGUAUGCUUAUGAUCUACACAAAGUAAACAUAUUAUUCUGAAGCCCGUAACAACACUUCAACAUGCCCUUUCUCCAAUACGUGCGGAUCGUCGCGAGAACGACGUUCACGAUCGUGAACAACUUGUACUGCGUUCCCGCUUACGUGGUGUGGAUGAUGAUGCUGCGCCUCGUCAGACCUUUGUACGCCCCCAUCUAUUGGAAGAUCGAAGGACUCAUGUACCACUGGCUGUUGGCGAUGGUGUCUCUAUGGGCCUGGACCGCUGGAUAUGAAAUUGUGGAAACCGGCGACGAUCCUGUGGCGUGCAUGGGCCGAAGAACCCUCGUCCUGGCCAACCACCAGAGCACUGGCGACGUUCCCCUGCUGAUGACCACGUGGAACCCCAGGCCGGGGGUCCUCUCCAACCUCAUGUGGAUCAUGGACAGGGUGUUCAAGUUCACCAACUUCGGCAUAGUCAGCGUGCUGCACGAAGACUUCUUUAUCCAAGCGGGCAAGGCUAAGAGAGAGCAAUCCCUGGACGAGCUGAGAGAGCAUAUUCACAAGAGCUACAUACCUCUAGGAAGACAAUUCAUGGUGCUGUUCCCCGAAGGAGGAUUUCUACACAAGAGAAGGGAAAUUAGCCAAAGAUUUGCAGAAAAGAACAACCUACCGAAACUGGAAUAUGUGUCGCUACCGAGAGCCGGUGCUAUGAAAGUGAUCUUAGAGGAGAUGGGACCUCUCAGAGAUGAAGGUGCUAGUACUUCUAAAGGGAAAAAAGAUGACAAUUUCAACCAAAGUAACUCGAGAAGAAAGAGUUUAGUCAACAAAGAAAUCGGUGAUACCAUCGAGUGGAUCCUCGAUGUGACCAUCGCUUACCCGGACCGGAUUCCUCUGCAUCUUCAAGAUAUAGUUUGCGGGAUACGACCUCCUUGCUCGACGCAUAUUCAUUACAGACUCUACCCUUGUACUGAUGUACCAGCAGAUACAGAAGGCAUGACGAACUGGUUGUACGAUAGAUUCGUCGAAAAGGAUAAGAUGUUGGAGGAAUAUUACCGUACUGGUAAAUUCCCUUCCAACGGUCCUACAGCCAAUGUCCAACGAACGGUCAGACAGGACAACCUUCGGUAUCUGAUACUGCAUUUAUUCUUUAUAGCGUCUACUCUAAUACAACUUAAGGUGUAUUAUUACUUAAUUACUCUUUUCUAUCAAUGAGUUUGCUAACUUCACAAAUUGACCAGGCGUGAUAGUCGGAGACUUUUUCAAGCGAUUGUGUUUAAGUUUUGUUUGUUUGUGGUACAGUAACAGAUAUUUUGUCUAUUCCUUGUAAUAUGUUGUUAUUCGAAACUAAAAGGUUCAUAUAUUGAAUCUAUUUGUCAGAAAUAAUGUUUUUUUUCCCUUAAAGUUAUCAAGUCAUUAACGUACGCCGAACAUAAAUAAUUUUAAGUAGUUUUGCUAUUGUAAACCUACUAAAUAUUGUUAUGAUAUUGAUAUAUGCAUGCAUUAUUAGGGGGAAAGACCUCCCUUUACAAUAAUUUUUUUGUUUGAUUCAUUUAAAUUAAACAAUGUUUGCUGAUUUAAUUUUUUGAAUGAAAGAUUUGGUGAGAUUUUGUUUAGAUGCAUUUAGUGAAUGACCCUUUCGUGUAGCGUUAUCAAUGUAAUGAUUCGAUAGUUUGUUGUUUAUAAAAGUUCACGUCUGGUCUUUGAACUUAGUUUUAAAUGGAAAAUUUUCAUGUCAAUAGAUAGUUUUAUUUGUCGGUUGUCACUCAUUAUAAUGGAAGAACUUGAAUCACAAAUCGACUUGUAAAAUUUGCUUGCCAAUUCUUUCAGACUAUCGUUAUUAACCUACUUCUUGUGAGUUUAAUUAACGUUCAUUUUUAUGUAUUGAUUUUAAAAUUUCAAGUUAAAUUAUAUUAUUGAUAUAUGUAAUGACAGAUAUUGGACAAGUCUUUUUUAUUUCUGUUAUGAGUGACAGUCAACAAUUAAAAGAACAUAGUAAAAAAUGUUGCACUAUUUAAAAAAUGGUGCUUGGCAAAGUACAUUUUUUAGCUUAACGUGUAUAUGAAUGUCUAGUUUAUAGGUUUUUUUGUUACCUCUUGAAAUAUCGGGAAAUCUCGAUAUAGCACAGUUUUGUGUGUGAGCACACGAAUUCAAUUCACAUUGGACGCAGAAUUAGAAAUUUUAUGAGUUUGUUUUAAGUGUUCUUUUAUUUAUAUGAUGAUUUAACCGAGAUUUUUCUAAUGAACCUGAAAUUAAUGUAAAGCACACAAUAGAUUUGAUAAACAAGGGGUACAAUUUUCAAAUGGGUUAUUAAUAGCAGGCAAUGAUUUUGAUUCUUAUGGUUUAAGUAUUUUAACAUUUUGUGUCUAAGCCACUUAAUUUUUUAUAGUAGAGCUCUUAUGAAAACAGACAACCAAAAUUUCGUAUAAGAAUUAACUACUGAGCUUAGUAUACACUUGAGGUAAAAAACAGAUUUAUUAUUGAGCUUGAUAAUAUUCUACUCCAAUGUGAAUUGAGCCUUACUUAAUUCGAUGAUAGGAUAGCUUACGUUUUAUUAAUAUACAUCUAUUGAUGUAUUUUCUAUUUAUUUUAUCAUCGAAUGAACUAGUAAUGUGAAUGAGAUGGUAUAAAUACACGAUCUGUUUUUAUUUUAUUUUUUAAUUUGAAUAACGAUACAUAUGUACCGUAUGUAUUUUUCCUUCAGCCAGUUUUACAGCGUAGAAAUAGAAAUAAAAUUAUUUCUAAAUUUGUUGUGUUAAAAAAUUGCCGCUUAGUUUUUUUUUAAAUCUUAAUUCAUACUCAGUAUUUAGACCCAAACAAAAUAUUAAGAGAUAAUUAAAAGAUCGUGUGUUUAUCGUGCUUACAGUAAAAAAUAUAAUCAAAGCGUGCUGUGACAAACAAGUCAGUUUAGUUUUUAUUAGCAUUUAGCUUUGGUGAACCAAUCUCCUAUGACAAUAAAAAGUCUUAUCACUCUACACUCUGUAAUCACAUUUCUUCACUAACAGACCUUUUAAAAGUAAAGUUUCCGUUUCGUGACGGGAAUGCCGGUGUUCUUUUUUGGCGUGCAAAGUUUCCAAACCCUUUUAUUUGAGUUCCAAAUCGGGACCCGGGUACGAAAGUAUACAUAAGUAGCUAAACUUUGUCGAAAACGAACAAUUCUGGAGAAUUCCAGAUGGGACAAUUAGGAGCGUACUUGAUCCGGAUUUAUCUGGAAAUAUCUGGUUUUUACCGGCUGUCAGUUCUGAUUGUUUGCUAUUUUGUAACGCCAUUUUAGAACGCAUAGUGUGGGUUGCACCAUAUGACGAGAAACGCAACGUUGCUAAUCAACAAAUCGAAUAUUCGGUUAAUCAAAAUUUUAGGGUUGCAACAUUAAUUUUUUUAAUACUAUGACCAAACCAAUAUUAUUAAUACCUCUAAGGUAGGAUUUGAUGAGACCAAGGUUAUGGUGCGAUUCACACUGAAUGUCUAUGUAACCUCUGUCAAUGUCUAAAUUAGUGUAAGUAAUUUUAAGGUUAGGUUAUAUACAAUGUCACUUUUCGUUUGUUCCUUUGUUGAGCGUGUCUUUUUAUAAGUUGGCAGAAAUGAGAAAUUAAGAUGACAUUAACGGAUAUAAUAAAGUUCUAAUAGCUUUCUGUCAUGCUUUUGUUAAAUAACCUUGACUUUUUAAUACUAGUCAGGUAAUUACUACAACAGGUUGAGACUCGUUUUUUUUUAAAGGUUUAUUUUUUAACCUUUAUUUAAAUAAAGCUUAAUUGGAAUGACAACUGAACGUGGCCUUUCAGCCUUUUCAGGAUUGUUGGCUCGGUCUACCCCGUAAUGGGAAUAGACGUAGAUAAUGACAGCAGAACAGAUUAUGAAAUAGAGGCAUAAAAUGCAAAAAGCUAUCAUUCUAAUCAAUUCUUAUUUUGGGAAAGUACGUCACUUAAAAUUUAUUUAUUAAUAAAAAAAUUAAUUAAUAUUUGUUAAUACAAAUUUAAUACACUUUUUGCCAACAAAUAAAUUGACAGUUUAAUAUGUAAUUGUGUAGAUUUUUCAAGUUAACAGUGUAAAAUUAUAAUGUAGGUACGUGUAAUAAAUUGAGGGAUUAUUGAAUAUGCCAAAACAUAUUUGCCGUAAGUGCCUAGCUUGUCGAUAUAAAUAAAGAAAGCUUCUGUGUUUAGUGUAGUUACGUGAAUGUGGCGCUUAUAUAUAAAAAUAUUUUCUCGUUCAAAAUAAAAAAAUAAUAAUAAAUAGAUUUUUUAUGUGUGUGAUCAUUAUUAUACUCCUCUUAAGGCUAAAAAUUUAAAAUCAAUUUUACUUCGUCAUUGUGGAAAGUUUGUCUAAACGGGAUUUCCAAUAACGUUGAUAAUAUAAUGUAACGCCCUUGUAACCUGUUUUCGCAAUAAUAAAUAUAUGGAAUAAUUGAUUGAUCCAUCACUAAUUUUGAUAUUUCCUAUAUACAUACAUAUAUGUUGACGACAGCGGUAGUGCACUUGUCUGUGACAUAGUAGGGUUCGAAUCCCGGACAAGGCAAUGUUUGAUUGGCCUGGGUCUUAGGCGUUCAUAUAAGUAUAUAUAUUAUAAAAUAUAGUAUCGUUGAGUUAGUAUCUCAUAACACAAGUCCCGAAUUCACCUCGAGGCUAACUCGAUCUGUGGAAUUUCUAUCUAAUCUUUUCCUAUCCCUAUAAAGUAAACUGUUGUUUUAAAAAAUGAGACGGAGGAAAAGUUUUCAACGAAAAUGUAUGAUCCGCAGAAUAGUUUGUGUCAAUAAGAUGCGCCACAUUCACGGAUGUCCGUAUUAAAACAGUAAUUCGAAAUUGGUUUGUACAUAUAUAUGUAUAAUAUAUUUGUAUGUAUAUGUUUUCUUUUGUAACGGCUGAGCUAGUGACAGUUUUCGAACCGAGAAGGUGCUUAGAUAUAUAUACUAAAAAUGCCAUAACAAUUGUUAACGUUACGGUAUUCUACAAUAGUCUUGAUUAUUUCACAAAUAUUCAUAUUUUUAUACCUGUACAAUUCACUCGUGUCAAGUCUUUGCAUUAUAUGAUCCCUUUAAAGUCACUAAGAAUAUACUUUCACAUGAUAGCACGAAUGAUAGCAACUAGUUAUUAUUAUAAGGCAAUAAUUUUAAAGUUUUAGUUUUUUGUGUGAGUUUAUCAUAUCCGACCAAGUUCUUUUUAUACGAAAGGGUGCCUUUAGAAACGUUAGCGAAUCAAAAAGAACAUUAUUCUUAACACAGUCUCGAACCCUCGGUGUUAAAAGUUAGCUAUUAUUUAUUUUUUAAUUAAAAAUCCCUCUUAAGUUCCGUUUUCCGUUAAAGUUAUCUUCUAAGAACAAUUUUCAAAGUGCAUAAUAAUCUUUGUAGGUAAACCUAAGUUGCUUUUAAAGAAAACCGGUUAAAAAGCGCUUGCAACUUUGCAAAUUCUAAUUUGUAAUUUUAACUGAAAAUUAACUGAUUAUGUUGAACAUGAAUUGUAUUUUUCUGCUUCGUUGAGUCUUAAUUGCUAUUCAUACGAAAUUAUUUUUAAUGAAUUAGUUUUAUUAAGGUAACUUACAAUGUGUUAUAAUAGCCUGGAAAUAAAUUUUAUUCAUUUUAUAUAAAUUCAUGAAACCAAUACAGUUAUUUUUUCACAAUAUUUCUUUACCUUUUAGUGAAUCAAACUUAUUACUAAUCAUCUGGAAUUCUCAAUUUCAUACUUAUCAUUACUCCUUUUAUAAUAAUCUGUAGCUAAAUCACUGAAAUAUUUUAUCUAUCCCCGUUGUUAACUCAGAAUAAAUAUAUUUAUUCAGGACAUAAUCUUUUCAUAUCAUAUCAGUUUCAACAUAGUGCGUUUGGUGUUAUAAUUUUCAAUUAAAAAACUUCAGUGACUAUUGGUAAUAAGGGUUUUAAAAAUCAAAACAGGGACUCCUACUUAAAUUAAAACUUGAGCGUAGUCGUUUUUUAUAAAUAAAUAUUUGGCUCUUAGGUAAAUUUAUAAGGCUAAUAAAUACCGCUGGCACAAUGUGAUGUCUUUUUAGUUUUUUUUUCCUUCUAUUUUUAAUUCAUUCUGCAAGUUAAGUUUGUCAUUAUGCUAGAUAAGUUUUUCAAUAGGCGAAUUACCAUGUGUGAUCGCUUUGAAUGUAAUUAUGUGAUUCGUACCGAGUUCGUGCUAAGUUUGCUAAGAUUUUAGUAAUAGUUUUGUGUUUACAGUUGAUUACAUCCGAAAUAUUGCAACGAAUACAAUAUUUUUCUCCAAUUGGUUAGCUACUGCUGCUCUGAGCUAUUCUUUUUUUAAUGAAUACAUUAAUUAUCUCGAAUUCAUUCAAUGUUGUAUGUUUUUCAAUAAAUUACACUAUUUCUUCUCAAAAUCGAUUUGUUAUUCGGAAAUAUAAUUAACGUGUGUGGUACCAAUUGGAUGAAUUGUCGUAAUUGUAGCGUCAUGUUGACAUUUAAUGUCAUUUUUAUCAUUUGACUUUACAGAUGAAUUGAUGACGUCAUUGCUUAGUUUUUUUUUCGUAAUUUUUAGUAAGUUAGUUUAGUUUAAGCCGUCAAAGAUAUGAUUGGUCCUUGCUGAGUGAGAUAUGUAAGCUAUAAGUCCGUCGUCUUUAGUCAAUUCUUAAUUCACGUCAUGAAGUGUAUUUUGUAUGUAUUUAAGUGUCACUUUCUGUAAAAGUUUAUUAUUAAAUACACCAUUAUUUUUAGCGCUGGGCGCGGAUAUGUGCUAUUGUGGAUAAUUUGAUGUAUUACUUUGAUACAUAUUUUGACACAUUAUUCAAAAUGGUGUGUACAUAAUAAAAUUUAAAACAGAACUGUUCCUAUAAUUAAUUGGAUAAAGUCAUAUCAGUAGUAAAUGAAAUGAACGAAUUUUUGUGUUGCAAUCUUUAUUGUCUACAUGAUUUGUUUACUUUUGUUCGCAUAUAUUAAUAAACGUCCAUUAUUAUCAAGUAAUGUACAUAUUUGAAGGAAUUCAGAGGCAUAUAAUUGAGCAAUAACAUAAUAAAUUCUAUUUCUAUUACGGUUUAAUUUUGUUAGUAACACAAAUAUAUCUAGCACAAAUAUUUUCGCUUAACAUUGCUUAAUAUUAAUAUUUCCGAAAAUAAAUACAUAAUAUUAUUGUAUCGCCUAUUGAUUGGAUGAGCUCAAUUUUGUGUCCAUGAAAUUCUGAUUUUUUCCAGAAGGAUAUUUUUUCCGAAGAUAUUUGUAUAUUGGCGAUGUAAAAAUUUAAAUUUAAAAAUCCUUACAUAUAUUAAGGCGUUCCACAGGGUUAUAUUAUAGAACCGUUGUUUUUUUUUUCGUCACUUUAUAAUAAGAAAUAUGAUUAUACUUUGAGGAUAUUAAGAAUAGUUUCUUUCUGAAUUGAAUCACUUGCCACUAUUUUAUUGUAUCCUUCUGGAAGAGUAGGCUGUUUGGCCAUUGUAUAUAGUUAUGGACAUGUUCCCCAUUUUGUCAAUAAAGCACGUUUGUGGCACUCA